AUGGCUCUCGACGCCGUCCCAAGGCUUCCACAAGAUCUAGAGCGGGCGAUAUUUGAAGUGGCCGUCGCGGAGGGCACCAACACACUCAAGCUUAUUCUUGUCGCUCACAGAUGCCGGAUUUGGCUUGAGCCAAUGCUUUACCACACCCUCACAAUUUCCCAGCUGACCUGGUCGCCCUCACUGCCGCUUCUACUCCAGACCCUCGAAGCACAUCCCGUGCGUGCCGCUUGCUGGAUACGCUAUAUCCGAAUCGACCCCUAUAUCACUCAAAACGACCCCAGCGUCACCAAGCUGCUCUCCCUCUGUACCGGUGUCGUGCGGCUGGCCGACUUCUCCUAUGGCCGGACACCAUUGCGGGUUCUGACCAGAAUGAAACGACUGACACGACUGUGCAUCACCCUUGACACCGUUGACGGGCUUGGCUUGCGGUCAUCUCCAGGCGCAGUAUCGCAGUUUUCGUUCCCGAGACUCACGCAUUUACAUCUCUUCGACCCUCCGCAGCGCUGGGCCGCCAUCUCCAACUUCAUUACUCCGACCCAUUUCCCAGCACUAAGACAUCUCGCCUUGCGCAGCUACAAGCAACACAUCAACCCCGUCUUCGUGCCCAUCCUGCAAAAAAUAUUGAACUCAAAGGCAGGCCAAGCGCUUGAGUCACUUGCGAUCCACGUCGUCGCUUCCAAGGAGAAGGAAAACCAGAACCCGGAUGACUCAGAGACGACGACUUUCUUGGACCCGCGCGUACAAAUCAUCUCUGAGCCGCUUGUACUGGGUGCCCACUACGAUCCGUGGGCAACAUCGGCGCCAGGACAUUGCCAACCAGACUGGACUGGCGGCAAAAUCAAACGAACUCGUCGUGGUUUGAGAAAACGAAAGGGCUCGGGAGAAUGUUAA